AGCAAGCAUUUACUUGGGUGUGGAGGUCUUUGGUGGGGAAGGGACGGUUUUGCUGAACUGGUUUGUGCUGUACGUAGUUGGGAGGGGAGUCCGUACUAAAACACCCGACAGUCUUGCACUCGCCUUCGUUUCAUAUACGCCAGGCUCUUGCCUCUACUGCCUGUGUUUCUGCCCGUCUUUCACCUUCACUGACACUGUCAAGAUGUUUCUGGCCAAAAAACUAAUCGGAGGUCUCAUUGAUGUUGUGAGCAAUAUUGACCCUGGCCAGUUCGUGCCCUCAGAUCCUCCCCCACCCCGCAGGCCCCUGGCAUACGCCGAGCAGCAUGAGAGUGACGAGGAGAGGCAAUUCCGCAAGGUGUUCCAGCAGCUGGCAGGGGAUGACAUGGAGGUGAGCCCCAAUGAACUGAUGAACAUCCUCAACAGAAUCAUCUCCAAACAUGGCGAUCUGAAGACAGACGGUUUCAGCAUUGAAUCCUGCAGAAGCAUGGUGGCAGUCAUGGAUAGUGACAGCACUGGCAAGCUGGGCUUCCAUGAAUUCAAGUAUCUAUGGAACAACAUCAAGAAAUGGCAGGGUAUCUACAAACAGUACGAUAGCGACCGUUCAGGUGUCAUCGGCGCCGAUGAGCUGCCCAACGCUUUCAGAGCUGCAGGCUUCCCUCUCAACGACCAGCUCUUCCAGAUGAUCAUCCGAAGAUACAGCGACGAGAGCGGCAACAUGGACUUCGACAACUACAUCGGCUGCCUGGUGCGACUGGAUGCCAUGUGUCGUGCCUUCAAGACCCUUGACAAGGACAGCAAUGGAACCAUCAAAGUCAACAUCCAGGAGUGGCUGCAGUUGACCAUGUACUCUUGAGCACCGGAGACGUCUUCAGAACUGCUUCCCUGUCUGUCUUCUGCGUGUCUCUAGCCACACUCUACCCCUAGCUCUGACACUGCUCUAGCCUGUUUGCAUGUCUUACUUUUUCAGUUGGGACACUUCUGUGGAAUGUCACAUUACCCAGAUUAUUAACCAAGGACAAUCGGAGGAGUUUCAUGGUCCAAACCUAAACCUCCCUUAAAAUGCGUAUCGUUGCCACUUUUGUAUUUUUAUUUGAGACAGGUUUACUUUAUGUCUACUUUCUCAGCUAAAGGGUGUAUCACCAGCCAUAUUCAUGCCUUUGCCAUUUUGUGUAGAGGCCAACAGAUGCUAGACGCAGUCCCUUCACUAGGGGGCAGCCUUGUAACAGCACAAGGAAGAGCUUUGCCAUUUAAACACAGAGAUGUCAGGACCUUUUACAUUGUUAUCCUUGGUCUCAUCCUACUCAAAUGUUUGUAAUUCCCUUUUGACAACUUAUUUUGCAUAAAAGAAGUGUUUGAUUAAAGGAAUCAUUAUCAUGA